UAUCCGAGUUUUCUUGCUCUCUGUCGACCGCGUGCAGCGACAGCACAACACACCUGGCCACAGCGUCCGCUUGCCCUCGCCCUCUAGACUCGUGUCGAGACCAGCUGACGGUGACCAGGUGGUGGACACGUUAGAGGUCGCUUGUCGUAGUCGCUCAUCGCAUCGCGGUACGUGCAUGCAUGACUGCAUAGUCCAUUGAUGCUGAGAGUGUCCUCUCUGGGCCUCCGUCAUGACAAGUCGCGCUUCCUAUUCUCGCCACUGCAUCGAUACGUCUCAACAGCGGCCUACCAAACGACGGAGAGUAGCGAUCGACCGCAACACCCUUUCCAUGGAGAGGAUCCUCUCACUGGUGCUCCUACAGACUCUUCCCAACGACCUAUGUCGCCAAUGUCGCCAAUGUCACCUGAAACCGGAAACCUUGACAGUCGCAAUGUCCCUAGCCUCGUCUUUUCGACCCACAGGAGAUUGCAGACGCACGGACGACGCCCGACGUCGAUGGGUGUACGCGAAGGCCAGGCGAAGACAGUCCACGAGGCAUUUUCUCCCGCUUUCGCUGCAAUUGUGUCAGACAGUCUCCCAGAGGCCAGCACGUCAACGGAAGUGUUCACGGACUCGCCAUCUCCGGCCGAGUCCACCGAAGAGACAAGCCGUGCGGAAUUGGAGUAUGUCAUGGACACGACGGAGGAGGUGGAAGAGGCCUGGGAAGCAUAUCAACGCUUGUCCACCAUGCCGCUACCUGAGGACACUCCAUCCGUACGCUACUAUGCACGCCUACACCGACUGGCGCGCCUCCUGUCGAAGGUCAAACCCCGCACGCGAACGCUCUUCCUCCGGUUGCUGUCGGUACUCUCUACAUUGUACAAGAGCGGUGGCAAUGUCCAUGCCUGGGAGUGGAACCUGCUCAUCGACUGUGCGGGGAAGGGCUGGCGUAAAACCCGGCCGGAGGACUUCAAGGCGGCCUUGGAUGUGUACCGUGAUAUGAUUGAGUCGAAGGCACCUGGCUCGACAUCCAACGGUCAUAGACAUGUCCCGGACGGAGGGGCAGGAAGCCAGAAAUCUGCGACGCCGGAUAUUGUCACGUAUACGACGCUCCUCCACAUAGCUGGUCGUACCCUUCAGCACUCGAUCUUGCGCCACGCCAGAGGUAUUCUCGAGGCGUCUGAUAUCCCCCCAAACCGCAUCACGUAUCUUUCCCUGGUCAGGUACUACGCCCGCACGAACGACCUUACUGGUGUCCGCGCGAUCCUGUCGAAGAUCCGUGAGCAAGGGCUCGAGCUCGGACUGGACGGCGUUAACGCGUGCGUAUGGGCAUAUGCUCGUGCUGGUCGCCUUGAUAUCGCCUCGCUCCUGUAUCGUGUUGUGCGACACAACCUCAUUCCCGAAGAUGAAGUGGGCGAACAUGAUAUCCAGGCGGCGAUCCGGCAGCUUACAUUUACGGAAGGGCUGGAAAUCCCUUUGACCAUCAAGCCCAACGCUAUCACAUACUACACUCUCAUCCAGUGCCACGCGUAUCAUGGAGACCUCUCUCGGUCACUCGAGGUCUUCAGGGAGAUGAUGACGGUGAACGAGCAGUUGGGCUUCUUGGACCAGAGCCUCCCGGACGACGAUCCCUCCCGCACUGACAAGUCGCCCACCCUCCCCGCUUUCCGGGCCAUCUUCCUUGGGUUCGUCCGACACGGUGGCAAGGACGCUGCGCUGCUGAAACGAGCCGGCCCUCUGACCCAGCGGCUGGCCACUCCUCGGUGGACGAUGGAGAACCUGCAGGCGCUGUUCGACACGUUCAUGAGAUUGCCGCAUGACGUUCGACCCAGUGAGCGGACGGUCUUCUGGAUCUUGACCGCCUUCGACGUGCUGAGUGGGCACGCCAAUUGGAAGCUGCGUCGCGUCUGGGAGAAGCUCACUGAAAGGUUCGGCGAGUACCAGGGAGGCAGGUUGGAGCGAUUUAGAAAGAGGAUCUAUGAGAGUGACCAAAAGGGUAGCUAGUACAACCAUCCAUAAUACAUACAGUGUACAGAAGUCGUUCUGGUGUGCGAUGUGGU